AUGGAAGAGGUACACCAAGUUUUUGAGAUCGUGGAGGGCUCUGCGACGGGCGAGCCGAUUCGCAAGGCGGCAGUGGUUGCACGACCAGUAGUGCGUAUCCGGGGCCCUCAGGGGCAGCUGCUUUCCAAAGAACAGUUCACCCGGCAGGAGGUCCUGCAUGCUAUCCAGGAACUGAAAGUUAGGAAAGCUGUUCCGGAAACCAGCGUGAUGGCAGAGAUCUGGCAACUCACGCCAGGGACUUUCACGACCUAUUUCCUGCAGCUCUUUGGAGGAGCCCUUUUAUCAAUUGACGUGAGCCGCGCGUUCGACAUGGUGCCGCGUUGGGCCCUGUCAGCUUCGCUGCAUCGCGCUUCAGUUCCUGCAGAUUUGCAUGAUCUCAUUCUUGACAUCCAUCAGGAUUGCCUGUAUCGCAUCAAAGUAGGAGAGCAGGAACGGCAAUUUCCGAUGCAGCGCGGCAUCCGUCAAGGGUGCUCGCUGUCGCCAUUGUUGUUUGCCAUCUUCACGGGGUGGUUGUAUGAUGAGCUGUGCUCCCGUGUGGGGCAGGAAUGGGCCGAUGAGUUUAUUACUCUGUAUGCAGAUGACUCCUUGCUGCAAUGGAUCAUCAACAGCACGGCCGAUCUUGACCAUAUGUGUAGGUGCAUCAGAGCUACAUUUGAUCUCCUUACAUCCACAGGGAUGCAGGUCAACGCGGCAAAAUCACAGCUGAUCAUACAAUUGCAGGGAGCCACUGGCAAACGUUGGCUGAAAGCACAUCUGCAUCGUGCAAAGGAGGGCUUUACCGUUAGCGUGGGCACGCCUUCUCAUCCGAUUUAUCUCCCACGAGUUAGUCACUUCACCUAUCUAGGUGUAGUGGCCUCCCUUGGUAGUUUCGAGAUGCAGACGUGCAAACAUCGGUUGCGGGCCGGAGCGCAGGUCAAGGACAUCCGCAUGCAUCACAAGACCAGCAUGGCUGGAGUGGAGGAGAUGGAGUUGGAUCAGUCCAGGGCGGCUCAGGCCCAGCUUCGCGAGGUGCUGGGCACAGCAACACCCUUCUCCUUUGGAGGGUCCGGAACAGCCAAGAAGUCGGAACGGGAGACAGAGGACGACAAGGACAUGCAGCCGGCGCCGAAGUUCCCGAGGGGGCAGAACAAAGGGGCCCAGGGUGGCAAGGGCUGGAGGGAGACCCAGACCUCCUACUCGGGUCAAAGCUGGUGGGGGAACAAGGCUCGAGGCAGCCAGGAGGAUCCCUGGGCGGAAGCGGCCAGCCGGGGUGGCGGGAAACUGCCAGACCUGGCAACACAACACCUACUACAGGUAGUUGUCAAGAUGGUGACCCGGCACGAAGAAGAACUGGCCCGCAUCCGCAUAGAUACAAACUUCAUGCUGUUCAUGGACGUGAUGCAGGAGGGGGUCUACGACCUGAUGAAGCUGACUGCCGAACAGUGGCACGAGAAGUUCACGGCCAG